CGCAAACGCAUUCAAAGAAAACGCCAUCGAGCUUAUCUGAUUUAUCACGCUGGUUGGCAUCAGGGUUAUGGACGAUGGAGUCUCUGCAUCAGAGAGUAGAGACAUGGGUCAGAGACCAGAGAACCAAGAUCUCGAAGGUCACUUGGCCCCCACAGUGGCGGAUGGUGGUGAGGUGGCCUUGGACCAACGGCAGAGAACAGAGGAAACGGAUUCAGGAAGAGUAUGAGCGCAGGAAGAAGCAACUUCAGGAUCUUUGUCAUGCUGUUAAGGCAGAGUCGGUCUCUGAUUUGCAGGACAUUCUCUGUUGCAUGGUGCUCUCUGAGUGCGUUUAUAAGAGACCUGCUGCUGAUAUGCUUCGAGCGGUAAACACAUUCAAAGCUGAUUUUGGAGGACAAUUGGUUUGUUUAGAGCGUGUGCAGCUUUCGUCAGAUCACAUUCCUCACAGGUAUCUUUUAGCAGAAGCAGGGGACACGUUAUUUGCUUCGUUUAUUGGAACCAAGCAAUAUAAGGAUGUCAUGGCUGAUGCGAAUAUAUUUCAAGGUGCCAUCUUUGAUGAGGAUGCCGUAGAAGAAACUCAUGUUAUUGAAACUACUGAAUCUGCCCAAUUCGAAAGCCCAAAUAGCAAUGUUGAUUAUUUGUCAAAGACCCUAGAAGGAAAGCCUAAGCAAAUAAAACCUACACCACAACCUGCUGUUCAUCGGGGAUUCAUGGCUCGUGCUAAAGGGAUACCUGCAUUGGAAUUGUACAGGCUUGCUCAGAAAAAGAAACGUAAACUUGUUCUGUGUGGACAUUCACUUGGUGGAGCUGUUGCAGUCUUGGCUACCCUUGCCAUUUUGAGGGUUCUUGCUGCUGCUUCUUCCUCCAAAGAGUAUGACAAAGUUCAGGUCAAGUGUGUUACAUUCUCCCAGCCUCCUGUUGGAAAUGCUGCAUUAAGAGACUAUGUUAAUAGGAAAGGAUGGCAUCAUUAUUUUAAGACUUACUGCAUUCCAGAGGAUCUUGUCCCCCGUAUCUUGUCUCCUGCAUACUUUCAUCAUUAUAUUGCACAACCUCUGCCUACACCUUUUAAUUUUGGAACUUCUUCUUUAUCAACGUCAAAACCUGUGGAUGGGUUGGAGAAGCAAAAAGCAGAAAAGGGAAAAGAGAAUGAAGCAGAGCAGUUGGUUCUUGGUUUAGGUCCAGUGCAGAGCUCCUUUUGGAGGCUUUCUAGGCUUGUUCCUUUAGAGGGUGUUUGGAGGCAGUUAGAUAGAUACAGAGGAAAACAAGUUGAUCCUACUGGAACAUCUUCCUCUGCUGAUUCUGUUCUAACAUCAUCUGUUGAUGAUAUAGCUGCUGCCCCACAGUCUCUUGAAAUUGAAGAAGGUUCUGAUGGCAUUUCUCUGCGACCAUUUUCGGAUACAGAAGAAGAGUCCCUUCGUGAAACAAGAAAUGGAAAGUCAUCUGGAAAGAGUAAUAGUAAUAAUGGGAACAAGAGGCCAUGGCGUAGAAUGCCAGCCUUACCUUCUUAUGUACCAUUUGGGCAGCUUUAUCUGUUGGGGAACUCAUCAGUGGACUCACUAUCUGGUGCAGAAUACUCAAAGCUGACCUCGGUCAGAUCUGUGAUUGCUGAAGUAAAGGAAAAAUUUCAGUCACAUUCAAUGAAGUCGUACAGGUCUCGAUUUCAAAGAAUUUAUGAUCUGUGCAUGAAUGAUAAUGAUUCAUCAUUUUUGGGGAUGGAGCACCUGCAGCAAUUCCCACAUCUACAUAAAUGGUUAGGCAUUUCGGUUGCAGGUUCUGUUGACCUUGGGCAUAUUGUUGAGUCUCCAGUUAUUCGUGCAGCUACUUCAAUUCUUCCUCUUGGUUGGAGUGGUAUUCCUGGGGAUAAGAAUGGAGACCUUUUGAAAGUUGAUAUUUCUGGUUUUGGAUUACAUCUGUGUACACUGGUUCGAGCUCGAGUCAAUGGGAAUUGGUGCUCAACUACAGUGGAAUCUUUUCCUUCACCGCCAUCUUACUCUUCGAAUCAUGGAUUACAGCCAGAGAUACAGAAGAUACGAGUAUUAGUUGGAGCUCCAUUGCGACGGCCCCCAAAGCAUCAGAUAGUGACAGAUUCUUUACCCCAUGCGUUUCAAUCUGUUGAACUCAAUAGCGAGCAGAAUGUUUCUAUGAUUUGCAAGGGAAAUCAUAUCCACCCUGAUGGUUUGAGUGAUUUUGCUGUAUUUUGUACCACUGAUUUUUCUACUGUAUCCAAAGAGGUUCAUGUUAGGACACGCAGGGUGCAACUGAUUGGCCUUGAGGGUGCUGGUAAAACUUCUCUUCUGAAGGCAAUCUUGGGUCAGGGCAAGCUUACCACUUCAUCUGGUAUUGAGAAUUUGUACAUGGAUGUUGAUGUUCUGGAAGGAAUUGCCGGUGGGUUGUGCUACUCAGAUUCUGCAGGAAUAAAUUUGCAGGAUCUGAAAGCGGAGGCCUCUCGUUUCAGGGACGAACUAUGGAAGGGAAUUCGCGAUCUUAGCAAAAAAACGGAUUUGAUUGUUCUUGUGCAUAACCUUUCCCACAGAAUACCUCGAUACAGCCCCUCCGAUGCAUCCCACCAACAACCAGCCCUCUCACUUCUGCUGGAUGAGGCUAAAUCACUUGAAACCCCUUGGGUCCUUGCUAUAACAAACAAAUUUUCUGUCAGUGCACACCAGCAAAAGGCAGCAAUUGAUGCUGUUUUGCAGGCAUAUCGAGCAUCUCCAAGCACAGCAGAACUUAUCAAUUCAUGUCCAUAUAUUAUGCCUAGUGCUGCAGGUGCUCCUGUGUCUUGGGGUGCAGGGGACAGGGACUCUGAUAAGAUGAUGGAUACUCAGAAGCUUAUUUUUGCUCCUUUAAACUUUGUCCGGAGGCCUUUCCAGAAGAAAGCUGCCACUCUCCCUGUUGAGGGUGUGAGCUCUCUUUGUCAGCUUAUCCGUCGUGUUCUUCGAAGCCACGAGGAAGCUGCUUUACAGGAACUUGCUAGAGAUAGGCUUUUCUUGGAGUUGGUACGAGAGCAUGCAAUCGCUGCAGAUGCAAUUCGGGAUGCUCAAGCCAGGGAAAAUUCUUUGACUGCUGCAGCUGUGGGUGCUUCCCUUGGGGCUGGUCUUGGUGUUGUUUUGGCUAUUGUUAUGGGUGCAGCAUCUGCCUUGAGGAAACCAUGA